CUCGAUCUCCCAGGUGCGUCUUUCUUUGCCCUAGAUCUUCCUCCAUUUUCUAUUUUUCUGGUUCUCUGAUCGGAAAUUCUAGCUAAGAGAACUGUUGAUAAUGGCGAGGUCAACAGCCAAUGAUGCUCAAGCUCUUUUUCGAUCUCUUCGUUCUGCUUAUGCUUCCACACCAACCAAUCUUAAAAUUAUUGAUCUCUAUGUAGUUUUUGCAGUGACCACCGCCUUAAUUCAGGUGGUUUACAUGGGUAUUGUUGGAUCAUUUCCUUUCAAUUCAUUCCUGUCGGGUGUGCUUUCUUGUGUAGGAACUGCUGUUCUUGCAGUUUGUCUUCGGAUUCAAGUCAACAAAGACAACAAGGAAUUCAAGGAUUUACCACCGGAGCAGGCAUUUGCGGAUUUUGUUCUUUGCAAUCUUGUGCUUCAUUUGGUGAUCAUGAACUUCCUCGGAUAAAUACUAAUGUGCUGUCAUCCCAGAAUUUCUCAUUUUUGGUGUUGCUAUCAAGAAAAACCCUUUAGUUUCCCUAAGUCAUGGAUUGUCAAUCCUAAGGUUCUAUUUGAGCUAGCUAUCCACAUGUAACUUGAACUUCUUCAGUAAUUGGAUGUGAGACUUAGCAGAGUUAUAUUUUUUCGGAUGGAGUUCAGAUAUUUAUGUUUGAAUGGUUAAAGAGAUUUCUUGCAGGUCUUUUAUA